CUUUGCUUGCCUUUGAGUCCCUGUGUCUCUCUGAGUUCUCUCUCUCUCUCUCUGAAGUUACUCCACUGCGGUCAUGGAUGAUGUGUAUAAAGCAGCGGUUGAGAACUUGACUGAAGAGCAGAAAAACGAAUUCAAGGCUGCAUUCGACAUCUUUAUCCAGGACGCGGAGGAUGGGUGUAUCAGUACGAAGGAGCUGGGGAAGGUGAUGAGGAUGCUGGGACAGAACCCCACACCAGAGGAGCUUACAGAGAUGAUAGACGAGGUGGACGAGGAUGGCAGCGGCACGGUGGAUUUCGAUGAGUUCCUCGUCAUGAUGGUGAGGUGUAUGAAGGAGGAGAGUAAGGGAAAAUCAGAGGAAGAGCUGGCUGAACUCUUCAGAAUGUUUGACAAGAACUGUGACGGUUACAUCGACCUGGAUGAGCUGAAGAUGAUGCUGGAGGAGACAGGAGAGACCAUCACUGAGGAUGACAUCGAGGAGCUGAUGAGAGACGGAGACAAGAAUAACGACGGCAAGAUCGACUACGACGAAUUCCUGGAGUUCAUGAAGGGAGUGGAAUAAACCUUCAGAAA